AUGGCAAACUAUUACAAUCAAACCACUGUUUACAUAAAAGUUCUUGGGGCUGGGCAAACUGUGGGAAGAUCCUGUGUGAUAGUAGAGCUCGAAAACAGACGAAUUAUGUUUGAUUGUGGUUCACAUGUAGGAUAUAAAGAUGAAAGAAAAUAUCCCAACUUUAAUUUAUUGGUUGGGAAUAGUAAUAUGGAAGGAGCUCCCAAAAUUGAUGAAGAGAACAAUUUGAAUGUCGAAGUAAAUAUAAGUAUAGUUAAUAGUAACAUAUCUGAUAAAGAAAAAUUAAUAAAUAACUUGAAAAAAAUUAAUGAAAUAAUUGAUUGUGUAAUAAUAAGCCAUUUUCAUAUGGAUCAUAUAGGAGCUUUACCAUUUUUCACAGAAAUAUUACAAUAUAAAGGGACAAUAAUUAUGAGUUAUCCAACAAAAGCUCUUAGUCCAGUUUUAUUAUUAGAUGGUUGUAAAAUAAGUGAUAUAAAAUGGGAAAAAAAAAAUUUAGAAAAGCAAAUAAAAAUGCUUAAUGAAAAAUCGGAUGAUUUAUUAAAUUAUAAUAUUAAUUGUAUAAAAAAAGAUCCUUGGAAUAUUACCGAAGAAAAUAUAUAUAAUUGCAUAAAUAAAGUAGUUGGUUUGCAAGUUAAUGAAACUUAUGAAUUAGGUGAUAUAUCUAUUACACCAUAUUAUGCGGGGCAUGUUUUAGGGGCUUGUAUGUACAGAUUAGAAGUAAACAAUAUUAGUGUUAUAUAUACAGGUGACUAUAAUACUAUACCUGACAAACACUUAGGUAGUACUAAAAUCCCGGUCUUAACACCUGAAAUAUUUAUAUCUGAAUCUACAUAUGCUUCUUAUGUCAGACCAACUAGAAAAUCAUCUGAGCUAGAAUUAUGCAACUUAGUAAAUGAAUGUGUACAUAAAGGUGGUAAAGUUUUAAUUCCUGUAUUUGCUAUUGGUAGAGCACAAGAAUUAUCUAUAUUAUUAGAAGAAUAUUGGGAAAAAAUGAAAAUAAAUUGCCCUAUAUAUUUUGGAUGUGGUUUAACAGAAAAUGCAAAUAAAUAUUACAAGAUUUAUUCUUCAUGGAUUAGUAAUAAUUGUGUAUCAACUGAAGUAAAAAAUUUAUUUGAUUUUUCAAACAUUUCACAAUUUUCAAAUAAUUAUUUAAAUGAAAAUAGACCUAUGGUUUUAUUUGCUACUCCAGGGAUGUUGCAUACUGGCUUAGCAUUAAAAGCCUUUAAAGCAUGGGCUAGUAAUCCUAACAAUUUAAUAAUUUUGCCUGGUUAUUGUGUGCAAGGUACUAUUGGGCAUAAAUUAAUUAUGGGAGAGAAAAAAAUAUUAUUAGAUGGAAACACAUAUGUAUAUGUUAAUUGUAAAAUAAUUUAUUUAUCUUUUUCUGCACAUGCAGACUCUAAUGGCAUACAACAAUUAAUAAAGCACGUUAUGCCAAAAAAUGUUAUAUUUGUACAUGGAGAUAAAAAUGGAAUGGAAAAAUUAUCAAAACAUAUAUCUAAUCAAUAUCAUAUUAAUUCUAUAUGUCCAUAUAUGGGACAAAAUUGUCAAUUCAAUUUUUGUAAAUAUAAUAUAAAUUAUGUUUAUUUGGAUAGAAAAAUAUAUAAUAAUAUUAUUCAACAAGUUGAAUUAAAUAAGCAAAAAAAUUCAAAAGGUUUAUAUAAAAAUGCUAGACAAAUUAAAGGUGCUCAAGUUAAUAUUUUAACACCCAAUGGAAAUAUAAAAAUUCCCUUUACUGCUUACAUAUUAUAUCGUUCUAUUAAAGAAAAGCCAUUAUUUUUUUUUCUUUCUGAAUCUCUUUUAUUCAAAUAUUUGAAGAAAAAACAUGUUCCAAUGAUUAUUUGGCGUGAAGGCAAACACUUUGACUUUGAUUAUAUGUUUGAUACAAAAAAAGAAAAAAAAAUGAACAAAAUGAAUGAAAAAAAUGUUACCGAUAUUGUAAUUGAACAAUACGACGCAACGAAAGAAGGGAAUAGUAACCAAAAAAAUGAAAACGACAAUCCUAACGAUAUUGAUAAUAAUAAUAUUUUAUUGAAAAACAAAUCUAUUAUGUUUAAUAAUUAUAUACAAUCUGAUAUUAACAUUAUGGAAAAUGAUAAAAAUAACACUAACGAUUUAUCAUCUUCAAUUGAAGCACGAAAAAGAAAGUUUAAUGAAAUUAACGAAGCAAAUACUUUAUCGGAAGAGCAGUGUGAACAUCUUUCUAUAAAUUCUUCAAAAGUGUUAAAAAUCGCAGGACAUGGAGAAAAAUAUAAUAAUAAUAUAAAUCAGGAAAAUUUUGAAAAUGAGCAUAUAAAACAACCUAUUAAUAAUAUACUUUUAGCUGAUAAUAACAAAAUUAAGAACUCAAAAAUGGAUUGUUAUGAUUCUAAAAGUUUUAGUAUCCUUUCUAAUGAAAAUGAGAAAAAUAUUACAGGGGAGUUAAAAGGGUGUUUAAAAAGUGAAACUAACAUAAAUGUUCGGAAUAGUUGCUGUUUCAAUAUAGAAAAUAUUUAUAAUGAUAGUGAUAAAAAAAAACAGCAUGUAUAUAUAAAGGAUAAAGAAAAUAUAAAUUUGCCUCUAAUAAAUUUAAGAUUUAAAGAAGAAAUUAAUAUAACUUAUCAAUGUUUCUACAAUUUCGUUAUUACAUUUUUUCAAGAAAUUGUAAAAACUGAAAAUAAAAAUAGUAUAUGUUUUUUAGGAAAACAUAUUAUUGUUAAAAAUGUUAAAAUUCAUCAAAAUUGUUUUUUCUUUUUGUCCUUUCAUUCAUUAAGAGCAAUUCAUGAUGGAAAUAAUUCCCUACUAAUGCAAUGGUCAUAUGUUGAUGAUGCCAAAUCUUCAGUGGUUAGGAAAUUUAUAAAUUGUGUUAUAAAGUAUGCUCAAGAAGAAUAA